AUGAUAACGCGGACCAACGCCACCGACGAUAACGUGAUCCCAUUAUCUGAUCCCGAAGCGAUCAUCAAGGCUGGAAACGCCGAAAAACAACGCAGUAAACAACUUGCCAACAGGCCUAUCGCCCCUCUCCCUUCUACGUCAAUCACAGCGUCCGAGACCAUGUCGGACACAGUCCCUCCAUCCGGCGGCCAGGAACAACCAACCGCCGAUUCCACCCGUGACUCUGCCCGUACUGCCGACGGAUCCGAUAUGAGCACGGCCAAAGAAUGGUUCAAGGCCGUGCUCAAGAUCCAACAUUCGUCCAUCGUCCAAGCUCAGGAAGACCGCCGUCAAGCCUUGGAAGACCGCCGGGCUGACCGACAGAUGUUUCUUGCCGUUCAUCAAGCCAGCGCAGAUCGCAUCGGCCGACUGGAGGAUCUGCUUCUGGCAAUGAACGUCACAAAUGAAGUUAAUGCCCGACCUACACAACCAACACCAGGUCGGGUCGACCUCCAAAAAUUCCGGACUUCGGAUGGACCCACAUACCGCGGCCCCUUUCAGGAAACGGAGUCGUUCCUACGGUGGAUACACGGCGUACAAAUUUUUUUUGAAACGAAGGAUGUCUCCAACGCAGCAGACAAAAUCAAGAUAGUUGGCAACCUCAUCGCAGAAACGAACUUACAGUCGUUCUAUGCAAACGAGGCUGCGGGGUUCCUCACCAAGUCGUGGGGGGAAUUCAAGGCCCGAAUGUUUGAUUUUGCGCUCCCCACCAACUGGCGCUCGGGACUACAACGCCAGAUCCGCAAACUCGACAUGACAUCGACCGAAACUUUCCUCGAGUACAGCACGAGAGCUCGCACGUUGCAGAGUCUCUUCAAUUUUGACGCGGAGGUGUCGUCUAAACUUGGCGACCUACAGCUUGCCCAAUUCGUUGUUUACGGACUGAGCGACGCAUUACAAGACCAAAUCAACGAAAGGCAGCUCUUAGAGGUAGCUCCGUUCAAGUACGGCCCUUUUGAAAAACAGGCAAACGCUUCCUUCCUUACGUUACAACGCGCCACCGAUCCACCGACAGCCGCCAAGUCAGCCACUACUACACCGCCGGCUCUGGGCCGCGACAAGUUCAUUUGGCGAGUCCAUGCGUACCUGGAUUCACAAGGACUCUGUCAUUUCUGCAAGAAACACUGUGGUAAUGCCGCAGGAGCCUGCCCCGGACCGAUCGACCGCUCUCACAUCAACAUUCCUGUGGCUUUUCAAACACCGACCAAACCUCUCGAUUAUGUAGCCCCCCGUGCCUGGAGUAAACCACCUACCGGUCCCGGACGAUCAUCUCAACCUCCGGCCGGCCGACCUCCAAUUCGUGCUGCUAGCGUAGCAGGCAUUGCAGAAGUAACGCCGCUUGAAGUUCAAGUUGCUGGAUUGACUCUCGAUGCAGCUAUCAGAGAAGACGCACGCCUCGACCAUGAAUUUGACGACAAAGGUUGUUUCCCAGCCCUUGGUACGGCAGCUGUAGCUGCACUGGAGGACCUUGAUAACCAACUUCUACAAAAUGAAAUCGACCAGGCUACCCAAAACUCUAGUGGCUGGACUGACAAUUUGGCUGACGACAUUGCGGGGUACUGA